UCUUCUUCGCUUUGGCCUGCUCGCUUCUCAUUCUGGACAAUAUCACUAUCUAUAACAUCACGGCCCCCAAUGAGUGGGUUUAUUUCGUCUUUGCUCAUCGACCCUGUCUUCCGACAAGCUCGUCGCCUUUCUCGUCGGGCGAGCUCGGAUCAUCCGCCCUCCUCGAUCGACCAUCCCUCAGUUCAACACGCGAGCGCUCCUAAUAGUAUUUCAUGGCCUUCAUCAUUUGGAAACAACUACGAUACUACCACCACAUACUCUCGAGCGCGUACCGGACGGCGAAUCAGUUCAACAUCUCUCGACCCUACUAUCGAUCCUACUAUCGACCGGACCCUACUACCGUCGAUGUCCCCCACUAUCGGCCGCCGACAAGGAGUCAUUGAUGGACGCGGAGACAAUGGACACCCCGAUACAGGGAAUGUCAUAGCCCCACGACAUUAUGAAGACAGUUACACAGACUCCGCAGUACAACGAUCGAGGCGUGCUGGUGAUAUACAGUCGAACCGGACUUCUCUCGAAACAGGCAACCGUAUUUCUGGGGAGUCACGGACACCCACGCAACGUUUGGGCUGGGACGGGAAAGGAAAGUCCGCGUUACCAGAGGAUGAUGGGAUGGGCCAUCUGCGAAUGAAGAUCCAUGCUAUCAGAGAUCAAGAUAUCCCGAGUUCCGAGAAGGCACGUUUGAUUCUCAAUCUAAUGACGGAGGAUUACCGUUCCUCUAAGGCCGGCUUCAACAAUAUACCACGCUCUCCAUCAAGUCUUCCAAGUGUCGAUCGUCCUUGGACUCCUGCUUCUCACCGAAGCCUGCAGUCCUUCGAUCAGCUAUCCUUGACACCAGCCUCGACAGUGUCUAAUCCGUCCGCGGACAAUCCUUAUAACUUGACGGCCGAAGAUCUGGAUCCUACUUUUGUGCCAAGUGACCAGAAAUAUGAAUCUAAAGAGGCGGAGCAGACAGUUUCUGGGAGAGAUGUCGACGGCGAGCCUGAAGCAGCCUGUCUCGGCUGUCGUCAUUAUAAGAGAAACGUGAAGUUGCAAUGCUAUACAUGCAAGCGGUGGUACACCUGUCGAUUCUGCCAUGAUGAAGCAGAGGACCAUGCACUGGAUCGUCGAAAGACCGAAAACAUGCUCUGCAUGUUCUGUGGAUGCCCCCAACCUGCUUCACAGUCCUGCAUGUGGUGCGGUGAACAGGCUGCUUUGUACUACUGCUCCAUCUGCAAGCUAUGGGAUAACGACGAGGAAAAGAGUAUAUAUCAUUGCAACGACUGUGGAAUCUGUCGUAUAGGGCAAGGUCUUGGGAAGGACUUUUUUCAUUGCAAGACCUGCAGCGUUUGUAUGCCAAUAUCCAUUGAGAAUACGCACCGCUGCAUUGAGCGUUCAACGCAGUGUGACUGUCCUCUAUGUGGUGAUUAUAUGUUCACCUCGCCUGAGACUGUUGUUUUCAUGCGGUGUGGUCACAGCAUACAUCAAAAGUGUUUCUCAGAAUACUCCAAGACAUCAUACCGUUGCCCGAUAUGCAGCAAGACUAUAACAAAUAUGGAAUCCCAAUUCAGGAACCUUGACCGUACCAUCGCCGCUCAGCCAAUGCCCCCAGAAUACAAGGACACAAAAGCCUUGAUCUACUGUAAUGAUUGCAGUAUAAAAUCUGCUGUGCCUUACCAUUGGUUGGGGCUCAAGUGUGACCUGUGCGAGUCAUAUAACACUGUGCAGAUACAGUUGCUGACUGGCAGCGAGUCCGACGACGCCUCACACGGCCAUGUUGAUGAACACACACGCCCUUCGCCAUCAGUUCAAACGGCCAACGGCAGUGAACAAAACAGUUCUGUUCAGCUCGGAAUGACGCCCCAGGAAAAUCCAUCUCUACUGCCUACUUCAUCCUCUGCCAGUCACAACACUGAAAUUCCGCAGCUUUUGCGACAGUCUCGGGGCCGCAGGCCCAUCUCUCCUGUCAUAAGUAACUAUUUUGGUUUACCCACCGAGAGAGAGCCGACCAAGUCAUCCUCGAAACCCUCAAUUCCAGAAAAUGAAAGUUGCGAUGACGGAGACGGUCUCAAUUUUUGGGGGGCCACGAGCCUUGUAUCCAAAUAUACGUUCAUCGGAAGCGACACGGAAUCUACCGAUGGCGAGGCCGAGACAGUAGAGGACCACCAAGGUAGUGCAGGACACACCGGAGAGGAGAGCCAGGAAGAAGAAGAGGAGGAAGAAGAAGAGGACGAGGAGGACGAGGAUGAUGACGACAGUGACAGCAUCGUACUAUUUGGGCAUCGUUGAAACUUUUUUACUCGAAGCAAGCAAGAUGCUAUCUUGGCUUAAUUCACUUUCCUCUCCUACGCCACAUUUUCCCUUGUGUCAGGGACUAUUCUCGCCGCACUCUGAGCGGUUCUCAGGGCUUCGGUGCAAGCACCUAAGGGAACAACGGUCCUUCCUCAGAG